GGCCCUUUUCCUCUCCAUUCCUAAAGGACAAGGAGAAAUAACAUCUACAAUGGCCAAGCCCAUCCUCAAAAGAUACCGCUACAUCAAAGGACAUCUAAGACCAUUGUAUAGAAAGCAUUUACGGUGCUCUAGCAUCCAUUUUGGCCAUGGAAAUUACUCCCUUUACAUAAACAGAGUCCUGAAGGAAGUUGUCCCCAAGAGAGGUAUAUCAUCUCAUACUGUGGACAUCAUGAACCUCAUGAUCAAUGACAUCUUCGAACGCAUUGCUACGGAAGCCUGCCAGAGGAUGAACCUCAGAAAGCGCUGUACCCUCACCUCAGAAGAUAUCCAGAAGGCAGUGUAUAUGUUGAUGCCGAAGAAGCUGGCUAAACUUGCUGUGACUUUCGGAAGUAAAGCAGUCCACAGAUUCAUCCAUUCCUAAGCUCCAUGUUCAAGCCUAAUUGAAAUUUGGGGAAAAUAAAUCAACCUGCCACCCA